AUGCUAACCUUCAUAUGUUACUGUCUUUUGCAUUUCUUUCUUUCUUUUCAUUAUAAUAAUCAUUCUGUCCAAAAGUCUUUGUCUUCUUUCUUUCUUUCUUUCUUUCUUUUUUCUUUCUUUCUUUUUCUUUUCAUUAUAAUAAUCAUUCUUCUUCUUUCUUUCUUUCUUUCUUUCUUUCUUUCUUUCUUUCUUUCUUUUCAUUAUAAUAAUCAUUCUGUCCAAAAUCUUCUUUCUUUCUUUCUUUCUUUCUUUCUUUCUUUCUUUCUUUCUUUCUUUCUUUUUCAUUAUAAUAAUCAUUCUUCUUCUGUCUUACUUAAAUGUCUUUCUUUCUUUCUUUCUUUCUUUCUUUCUUUCUUUCUUUUUCUUUCUUUUCAUUAUAAUAAUCAUUCUUCUUCUGUCUUUCUUUUCUUUAUUUUCUUCUUUCUUUUUCUUUUUCUUUCUUUCUUUCUUUCGCACUUGCUUUCUUUUAAAAUACUUCCCGCGUUCAUUUUUGAACCGUGUUUUUGCCUAUCUAUCCGUAUAAUUCAUCCAUAUUAUCAAACUCUAUCUGUAUAUCGUUUGCUUAAAGAAUAUCUCUUUCUCCUAUUUUCUGUCCAAUUUCGCAUAUUAUAG